UUGUUUUUUACGAGAUUUGUGGACUAUGAACAGGUGACUUUGCUUUCGUUUUGUGUUAGAGAAAAACGAAAUGGUGAGAGCUAGGAUUUUUAGAUGGACAUGGAAUGAUUUCUGAUUUUUCAAAUGUGUUUUGUAGUCACGAAAAAUAUUUUUUGAAAAUUUGAAUUUUGGAAGUUUUAUUUGAAGCUAAUCAGAAUUCAGAAUAAAACUGUUCCGGAAUUUUUCUGGGUUUUCCAGUGUAUUUUUCAUUUGAAAUUAUUCCCAAAUUUCAAAUUUUCGAUGAAGAAUGUCGAAAAUAAUCAGAAAACCUGCAGAAAACAGACGAUUUCCAAAUACAUAUAUAUUUCAGACAAUUUUAUAGAUAGAUAAAUUAAUAAUUUUUGUGCUUAUCGAUUUUUUGGUUCAAAAAAAUCUGACUUUUACAAUUAGAUCCCGAUUUAAAAAUUUCCAAAAAUAGACAAAGGUCGAAUUUUUGCAGAAUUUCUUUUUCCUCCCCGUCAAUGAUUUCUUUUUUUGAAUAAAAGUCUCUAAUCAUAUAACAGGUUCUAUCAUCAUGUUUCUCUAAGUCUCCAAAUUUCCCCCAAUAUUUUUUCUAUACACUUUCAAAGGUUGUAUUGAUGAUGAUAAGACAAAAAACACAUACAUUUUUGUUAGAAGAACAUUCGAAAAUGAGACAGUUGUUCUUUUAUCGCCACUUACAGUAAUCCAUUCACGUGCAAAAUCAAUGAACUGGUGAUUUUCAAAGACACUAUGAAUGUUGGAUUUUUUUGUAAGAUUGGAAAAAAUCUGUUUUCUUGAUAAAUGAAGAUGUGAUAACGAUUUUUGGAGAAGCGAAUUCUGCAGUAUUUUUUUUAAAUAUGAAUUCUUAUUUGGAUUAUUUACAAGAAUAACCUCAACCUGAUUCGAACUGAAAAUUGAAGAAUUCAGAGAUCGAAUCCUCGACGCUCUUUUACCAAACGAGAAAUUCAGCCUAUCGCAAAAAUAUCUACCGAUCCUGUCCGAAUCUUAUUUCUUAGGCAGUACAUUGUUUAGUAAUAAUACUCUCGUCCGGAAAACGAGAAUCGAGGUUUCGAUUCCUUCAAUUUUCAAUAAGUUUUGUAGGCUCUCUUCAAGAGAUCUUUAAUUUUCAAUUUUGAAUUCCACAUGUAAAUACAUAUUUUUUUCAAAUCGUUCGAAGAUCUUAUCUAUUUUUGGGUAGUGCAAAACAACAAGUGCAAAAAUGACGACUACUUUAAAAAUUAAAUGAAAUGUUUUAAUGUGCUUUUUGGAAGAAAGCAAACUUGAGAAUUUCGAAAUUUUGUAACAUAAAUAUUCAGAAGAACUACACAAUCAUUCCUUUAAAAUCUGUAUUGUUCAAUGAUUUUUGAGGCGUUUAAAUCCAAAGAACAGUUUAAUAAUAUUACGUGAGCAGUCUAGUCAUAUGAAUUUCACAUGUUCAACUUUUGACUCCGCCUUUUCUAUCUGUUUUCUUCGUCUCGUUUCUCUACGUUCUAUAUAAAUUCGAUCAAUGUCUUUUCGUUCGCUCAUUGACAAUUUUUAAAAGUUCUAAUAAUAUUUAUUUUCAUAAAUAAAAUAAUAAUAAUAAUAGAUAUUUGCAGAUGUCCACACUUCAAAGAAAACGAAGUUUCAACAAAUCAACAACAUCGCAUGAUUUCCGAAAAGAAUACAAAGGUUCUUUGUAAGUUGAACAUUUCAAAUUCUUGAUUUAAUAUAAAUAGUUAUUUUUCAGUUUGGAAAAAAAGUUUAGUGGGCGAAAAUCAGAUAAAUUGCGAAGUAUUGCCGAGUGGAUUUAUACUAAAGCUUCGAAAAAAUCAGCAGUGAAAUCGGCUGGAAAAAAUGAGGAAAUUCAAAAUGGAACUUCAUACUUUGAUGUAUGUUUUUUUUGUAAAUCUCAAGCGGCGGCAUCAUAAAAAAAUGUUUUCAGGAUAUCCCAAAUGAGUUGUUGUUCGAAAUAUUUUCAAACAUCAAAAAUGACAAAUCGUCCAUUUUGUCAUGUCGACGAGUUUCGAAUCGCUUCAAUUGUUUCAUGAAUAAAAUGGCCGAGUUGGAAACGAAUGUAUUAUCUAGAUUAGUAAUUAUUGGUUUGGGACCAAAAAAAGGAAUUGAAAUGAGAUGGGUCAGUUAUAUUGGACAGAAAACGAAUGCAACAAUUGUUUCGUGGAAUAAUAUUAAAAAUGGUCUUGCUGAUUAUUCAUUCAACUUCAAACGAUUCGCGAUUCAACGAAUUAUUUUGAAAAAUUUACCGAUGACUGAGGAACUUGUUGAUUUUAUUCGUCGUCAAAUUCAAUUUGCUGAUUUAUCAAAACUUAUCCAACUUUCAUUGAACAAUAUCGAUUUCUCGCCUUCCAAUUGUCUUACUCUUCAUCGACUUUUAGCAACUUGUGGAAAAACUUUGGAGAUUUUUGAAAUCACACAAGGAUAUGGAAUGAGACCGGAAAGUGUGACUGAUGAACAUCUUGCGCAACUUGAUACAAAUACAAUUCGUCGUAUUUGUAUUGAUGGUGUUCGUUUAUCUGGUUCAAAUGGUCGACAUUUGAAAAUUGGUGAUGGAGCUUUGAAGAGAUUUGCAGAAAUGGGCGCGUUUCCAACAAUGAUUUUGGAUAGAUGUGCUGUUAGCACAAAAGUUGUUUGUGAUUAUACAAAAGAAUGGUUCGAACAAUGCAAUGAAUCCGAAAAACAAUUGAGAUCACAAGUAUGCACUGUCAAAAGAUGCCCCAAAGUUAAAGGUAUUAUCGACAAUACUUCAGUAUUUCAAUACAUUUUAAGUUUCCAGGUUCACAAUUUGAAGCUGAAUGCCAACGUCGCGGUCUUCGUUGCAAAAAUCGCAGAGGAAGUGGAUCGAUGACUUUGUACAAUGUACAAGAAGAAAAUACAAAACGUGAAUUCACAAUUGCUUUAGCUUCACUGGAAGAGAAAGCUGAAAAACUGAAAAUCGAGAUGAACAUGCAACCAAUUGUUGUCGCUGUUUAG